AUGUCGUGGGGAAACUUGACAGGUUCGAAGAAGGAUGGUGGGUUAGUCUUUCGAGAUCUUAGAUCCUUUAAUUUGGCUAUGGUGGCUAAGAUAGGGUGGCACCUGUUGUCUAAUCCGCACUCCUUAGUGUCCAGAAUCUAUAAAGCAAGGUAUUUUCCUCAUUCGCCUUUCUUUGAUGUUGAUAUUGGUACUAAUCCUAGUUUUGUAUGGAGGAGUAUUUGGCAAGCUAGGGAGUUGUUAACCCUUGGUUGUAGGUGGAGUAUUGGUGAUGGGAAGAACAUUCCAGUUAUGGGGGAGUCAUGGAUCAGAGGGCUGAAUGAAGGUUUGGUGAGAGGCCCUCAGCAACAAGGUGUGUAUGGGAUGACAAUUAGUGAGCUUAUGUCGCCUCUUGGUAAGUGUUGGAAUGUCCAUGCUAUAAAGCUUCUGUUUGAUUGUGGGGUUGUGAAGGAUAUUCUUCAAACUCCUUUGGUUGAGGAUGUUGUGGAAGAUAAAUUGAUUUGGAAAGAGGAGAAAGAUGGUUGCUAUAGUGUGCGGUCGGGGUAUAUAUUAUGGAGGAAAACGCGUGGUACCCCUGAUUCUAAUCGUGUCGAUGGUGACUGGUGUAGUCUAUGGAAUAUUAAGGCCCCUCCGAGAGUUAAGCAUCUUAUUUGGAGAAUUUGUAGAGAUGUUCUUCCCACAAGAAGUUUGUCCAAUAUUAUUGAUUCCCGUAUUAUUAAUUUUCAUGAUGAUGUUGCUUCUGUUCUUCUGGAUAUUUGUAGUAGUGAGGAUAGUAUGCUGGCAGGGAGAGUUGCGGAGUGGUUUGUGGCUCAGGAUAUUGGUAGUCGAGAUCAUGUGCACCCUUAUCAGCUGACUUGGAGACCUCCGUUGGAAGGCAGAUUAAAAUGCAAUGUUGACGCAGGAUUUAAUAUUAAUCGGGGUACUACUAAUAGGGGCUGGUGUAUUCGAGACCAUAUGGGGAACUUCAUUUCUGCUGGUACUGCUUGGGAUUUUGGUUCCUUCCCAAUCCUGGAAGCGGAAGCUUUGGCCCUCAAAGAAGCCAUUCGUAGUGCUAUUGAUUUGCAUCUGGAGUAUGUUAUUUUUGAGAGUGAUUCUCAAAAUACGAUUCACGCCAUUUGUUCUGAUGUUAAUGGUUUCUCUGAGUUUAGUUCUAUUAUUUCAUCUAUUCGUAGUUUAUUGGAUAAUUUUCCCAACUUUGAGGUAAAGUUUGUAAAGCGCCAAGCGAAUUCGGUUGCUCAUGCUUUAGCUAAGGCGGCCGAUUCUUGGACUAGGCGUAGUUUCUUUAAUAUGGUUCCUCCUUGUAUUGACCAUUUACUUAUUAAUGAUAUGAGUUGA